AUGAGCUUCGCGUACUCGAAGAAUCCGUGGCUCGAAGAGAUCAACUGCGGAGUUUCGGGCGCGAUUUCCGUUUUCGCCAACCUCCUUCUCAUCUACGCCGUCGCGCGGGUGAAGAGUUUCACGAAACACGUCCGCUGGGGACAGUACUACAAUUGCGUCUUCCGUUUGCUCUUCUCCAUCUCUUGUGGCAUUUCUGCACCGGUCGGCAUUAGUUUAGACGCCUUAAUGUCUAUUCAAAGCAUUUCAUCUCAGCUGUCGGUAGAGAUAUCAAAAAGUGGCCAACUGAUAAAAUGUACAACAUUUUCUUAUAAACAUUCGAUCAAUUGACAACUUUUUGAUAUCUUCACCACCAUCUGAGAUACAUCGGUUUGAAUUAACCAUAUACGUAUUCAGACCGUAUCAUCGAAGAAUCCGCUCGAACUCCCGUGGACUCUCCUCCUCACCAUGUUCAUAGUAUUCGUACAGUACUUCCAAGUGGCCUACGUCCUGUCGAGUGUGGGGAAACACACGCACAGAGAGGACUUUGCAGUGGUCUCGGCCAUCUACUCCAUCCCAAUUCUGGUCGCCAUUCCCACUUUCACCGUCCUCUACAUCGGCUACACCCCUUCUCCGUUCCAAUUGUCCGCCAACCGGGACCUGGUCACUCGUAUCACCGGCCGAAAUGACAGCAAUUUUCUGAUUGUGUCGAGUAGGAAGGUACGUUUGGAAUCAGGAUAAAGAUUACUGUAGGAAUUCGAAUUUCAGAUGCUAGGGCCGGUUCAAGCGGGUCAAAUUGCUAUUGUCGCAACAAUCUUCGCAGUUUUCAUAAUGUUCAUCUCGCUGUUUCUGGUCAGAGUUUUCUUUGCGCACAUUCGGAGGGCUAUGAAGUUGAAGAUGAAGAGCUCGAAUUCGAUGAAAUCACAGAAGCAUUCGAAUCGAUUACUCUUGGUUCAGGUCAGUUCAACAUUCGAAGCAAUGUAUCUUAUUUGCCGGUAGAGAUAUCGAAAAGUUGUCAACUGGUGAAAUGUGCAAAAUUUCCUAAUGAGUAUUUUAUCAGUUGACAAAUUUGCAAUACCUCUGCAGACAGCUGAGAUAUCGAUGUUUCCAGUUUCUGUUCCCGUUCGUCACCAUCCACAUCCCGUUCUACACGGCGUUCAUCCUUCCGUAUCUGAGCAUCGAACUCGAAUUCGUCUCCACAAACCUACCGUACCUCUUUGCCUGGUGCCCGGCUCUCAACCCGAUUCACGUCAUUUUCACUGUCAAAGUACGUAUAUAUUUCCUGUUUUCUUCCCCAACUAAUAUUGUGCUUUCAGAACAUUCGCGACAUAUUUCCGAAUCGCAAAAAGUCGUCGACGACUGCAGUUCAAGUGACCUAUUGA